UCGCAGAAGAAAACUCUUUCUGGAUGAUGCGAUCGGGAUAUGAAAUGAAGAAAACACCUCCCUUCAUUGUCAAUAACAAGGACGUAGCAGAAUUCUGUUUAUGGAUUCUGAACAAAAAUCGGCCGUAGCAUUUUUGUGCUUAUGGAUUUGGAACAGAAAGAAACGAAAGACUGAGUAGUUUAAGUUCCUAUUAGCUAAAACAUCAAAUGUUUUAUCAGUAUUAUACGAAAUACAGCGUUUUGUCCCAAAAUUAAAUACAGGGCUGAUUUGAUAAUCUAUUACAAGUUACGUCUUCGUUAAACUAGAACUGUAUUUUAAAGUUAAAUCUCAUUAUUGUAGAAUUGUGUUACCUGUCUUACGUGCGCGCUCCUCUGCAGACGCAAGGCCAAAGAACGCGUCCGCGUGCCCGACUGUCCUGGCUAAGGUUUGAGAAAGAUGGCGGCUGGAGGAGGCAGUGGUCGGAGCGCCUCGUCCGGGGGACUGGAGUCUUCCCUGGAUCGCCGGUUUCAAGGGGUUACCAACACCAUGGAGUCCAUCCAGAGUCUGUCCGGAUGGUGCAUCGAGAAUAAAAAGUACCAUACCCUGAUAGUCCGCUACUGGAUGAAGUGGCUGAAGAAAUCUGAAGCUUCUCAUCGAUUGAACCUUUUCUACUUGGCGAAUGAUGUUAUACAGAAUUGCAAAAGAAAAAAUGCUAUUAUUUACCGAAGUACUUUUGCAGAUGUCCUUCCUGAGGCAGCCUUACUCGUUCGGGACCCAUCUGUACGUAAAUCUGUGGAGCGGAUUUUCACUAUUUGGGAAGAAAGGAAUGUUUACCCAGAGGAACUUAUAUCAGAACUAAAAGUUGGUCUUGGUAAAAAAGAAGCACAGAUUGCAGUCAACCCAAAGGCAGUGCUGAAAUCUAAAAUUGUUGCUGAAUUUGCACCACAGACCUUCAUUGAUCAGCUGGCUGCAUACAAACGCUCAGUAGAAGAUAUAGAGUUGAAGGAGAAACAGCUAUCUUCAAUGAGAGUGGAUGUGUGCAGCACAGAAACACUUAAAAGACUGAAAGACAAAGCUGGAGGGAAGAAAUUCUCCAAGGAUUUUGAAGAUGGCAGUGCAAAACUUGAGGAAUUUGUCUCAUUUUUGGAUAAGCAGGUUAAACAUGGGCCUAGGAUAAUAGAGGCAUUGGAGAAUGCAGAUAUUUUCUAUGAAGCACAGUACAAGGAGGUCAAGAUAGUUGCUAAUGCAUAUAAAACAUUUGCAAAUAGAGUUAACAACCUAAAAAAGAAACUUGAUCAGCUUAAGACAAGUCUUCCUGACCCGGAGGAAUCUCCAAUACCUUCUCCUAGUAUGGAUGCACCUUCACCUACUGGUUCAGAGUCCCCGUUCCAUGGAAUGGAUGAUAGUGAGCCUAGUGUAAGGGCAGAAGAAAAAGAAGUCGAUGAAGCACCUGCUGGAGAUCUUAGCUCAAAAUCUUCCAGUCCAAAGCCAACCGAAGACAAUUGUGAUGUUGAGGACAUGGAACUAUCUGAUGAUGAAGGAAAUGAAUCAUCUCAUAUAAUUGUAGAAUCUCGAAAGGAGAAGUCCGAGAGUGCCAGCGUGACUACUGCAUCUCCUGUGCUGAAGCCAGUCGAAACCAUCUCAAAGUCUGCUGCUCAACCUGCAGUUCAGUCUCCAGCUAAGACACCUGGCAAUCCUCCACCAUUUGCCUUCAACCCACUACCAAACCUUGCCAAUGUGGACCUAGGAAAAAUCAGCUCUAUCCUGAGUAGUCUUACUUCUGUAAUGAAGAAUACUGGCGUUAGCCCUGUUUCCCGUCCAUCACCUGGAACUCCCACAACACCUAAAGAUUUGACAAGUGGACUGAAGACAUCCACUCAGGCACCUGCAACUAGCAGUGCCAACUCUUUAGCCAGCAUACUCUCUAAAGUAGACAUCAGUCCAGAGAGCAUUCUUUCAGUCUUGUCUAAAACUCAGACUCAGACAGGAACUGGUCUACAAGGCCUGUCUUCUCUUCUUCAGAGUGUUGCCGGAAAUAGCAGCUUUCAGUCUAACACUCACACUGUGACUCCCAGCAGUACAAAAGAAAGCUGUGUUCCCUCAACUUCAGCUCUAGGUCCAGCCCAGUCUUUGACUGCAUCCAGGAAUCUAGAAGGUUUCCACUCCAAUUCUCCAGCUUCUGAAGUCUCUUCAACCUCCGCCAAUAAACUCCCUGCAGCACAAAACCUUGGAGUGUCUGGGUCUGGUUCCAAACAUACUCAGCAAGCAAACUGCAGCAGUUCUUACCUUGGUAAGGAGGGGAAGGAGCAGCCAGCUGAGCAAGAGCAGGAAUCUUCAUUGUCUUCGGCAUCUUCUCCAACCAGCUUGGAGUUGAAAAUUCAUAAAUUUCUCCAGGUGAACCCUAGUUUCAAUGCUCUCAACCUUAAUAUCCCUAUUCUUGGAAGUUCUAUAAAUAACCCAGUGUCAGAGUCCCAGUCCUCUAAUUCGGACUAUCACCAUAGCCAACAUCGUAUCCCUACCAGUACAUCUGUAGACAAUGUUGAUGGGACCCCAGUUCGUGAUGAGAGGGGAAGUACUCCCACUCAAGAUGAGAUCAUGGACAAACCAUCUGCUUCUGGAAGUAUGGUAGAUCCUAUGUCUCUUUUGUCAAAAAUCUUAAGCCCAGGAUCAUCAUCUACACCCAGCAGCACACGCUCCCCGCUCCAAGGUCGAGAAUCUUCUUACCUUGCAGAUAUGAAGCAGAAUUCCUCAUCUGCUGCUAGCACUACCACCACUGCAUCAUCUUAUAGACCCUUUAAGCAGGGUGAACUUUCACCAACCUCUUACCGAGGUCAGUCAGAUGGCUGGGAAAAGCCUUCAUCUCUAACAAACCCUGACAGUUCACCAUCAGAGAAGUUUUAUCCAGAUACAUCUUUUCAAGAUGAUGAUGACUAUCACACUAGUGGCUAUGAAUAUGGAGGCCCUCCUCCUUCAGCUUUAUUCAAUUUGGACAAAAAACCAUCCAAAUCGAUUUUGAAAUUAUCAAACAAAACACAGCAGACAUUUUCUGAAGUUAAAGAUUAUGCAAAGAAGCCACCACCUGCAUUGGUCGGUGAUAACUUUAACAGAGACACGGAAGGAAAGUUUAGUCAGCAUCAGGAACUAGGGAAUUAUAACAGUAAUACUAUGAACAGUCGUUCCAGUCCCUCAAGGGUAGUGCACAGUCAUGGCUUUGGCCGUAGCAGUGAAGUUGUGGCACCUGAGGAAACCCCAUCUCCUAAACCUGGUGAGAGCAAUUUCUUUACUUCUAGUGCUAAUCACAACAAACAUUUUGGAAGUGCCUCUAAAUUACAACAAUAUGUGGAUUCUUCUCCUCUUUCGGCAUCUGGCAAUCAUAUGGUGUCAGGAGUUGGAGUUGGGUCAAGUUCAUCACGUACUGAUCUUACACAACAAAUAACUUUGAGUGCUCCUGUAUCUGCUACAUCAACCAUUGAAUUCAAAAACAUGCUAAAGAAUGCAUCCAGUUCUCGGAAAUCUUCAGAUGGAGAUUUUCCAGGACACCAUCAUUUAGGAGCCUCUGACAGAGACCGUGAGAAUCGAAACAGCACUACAGUAACUGAAGGGGAUGUCGGUGCAGGCUUUGUUAAUUCUGAUCAGCAGCAGAUAGAAGAAGAACAUUAUAGAAUUGAGACUUUGGUUUCUUCAUCAUCUUCUGACCAUCUCCCUGAUAGUACAGUAGGUAAAGGAGCUCCUAUUGAAACACUGGGCUAUAGUAAUCGUCGAAUGUCAGGAGAGAGGAUACAGACAGUUGAAUCAAUUCGUGUGAUUGGUAAAGGAGUUCGUGGGCACAGUAGAGAUGCAUUAGCACCGCCACGAGGAACAGCUGGCUGGUUUGAGGGUGGAGAUCAUUAUCAUGAUGGCACUGGAGCUUCUCUUACAUCUGGAAUAUCUUCAGACCUGCCUGGCUCUACUAUUGGUCUAGGUAGUCCAGCAGCUCCUCCUACUUCUCUUUCAUCUGCAGCCACUUCACUUCCUUCUGCGCCCCACUCAUCUAAUCAACCGCUAUCACUCUCUAAUUUUGGGAACCAGUACGAUGACCGUCGAUCUUUAACAUUACAGCCACCUCCCUUCCCAGAAGCAUCAGUACCUUCAUUUUUUUCUAAAACGCACCCCCCCCCUCCCAUUCCUCAGCCUCCACCACCUCCUUCCUCUUUAGAUUUUGUGGUCUCAAAGCAAGGAAAUCCUAAUUCAAAAGGGCCAGGAGGAAUAAUGGGGAUCGUGGAUCAUAGUUUGUCUUUUCCUCCCAGGGACCCAAUUAUGACCCUUGGUGGGAACACCGCUACUAUUGGUGGUGUGAAUGUUGUUCCACCUUCACCAAAUUCAUUUCCCCCUCCUCUCACUGCAGCACAGGAUGGUUUACCGCCUCCUGCUUCUCUUCCUCCCCCUCCUCUACUUAAUCCGUCAUUGCCUCCUUUAUUAGGAGAUCAUGGACCAUUAUCUGCAACCCUACCUCCUUUCAAAGACCACUGUGGUCCGGCACCCCAGCCUGGGACAGUAAAAGAACAUUUUGGACCUCUUUCAGGCUUGCCCCCUCCGCCUGAUGCUCGGGAUCUUGUUGCAGGAGGCAGUGGUCCUCCUAAUAAGGACCUUCCACCACAUCAUCAUCAAAGUGGAGGCCCAACACCAAUUCAAGGACAUGUGCAAAAAAAUCUUAGUGGAGGAGGACCGCCAUCAUUAAGUAAUCCUCUUUCACCUCCUGCUUCUAAUUCUGUUUCUGCAUCUUCUCAAAAGCAGACAUCAAAUGCCACAUCAUUAUGCCAUGAUCUCCAUGGUGUUGCACACAAUCUUCCACCACCACCACAACAGGGCCCUGGACAACACCCAAUUCCUCCUCCACCUUCACAGUUGCAACAAGAUCAUGGUAUCCGGCCUUUGCUACCACCUUUACCACAUAAACCUAUGGCUCCUCUGUACCCUAGUCCUCAUCCUCCACAGAUGCCAAUGGGACCCUUUUUCCGACCUCCCCGUCCAGACUUCAGACCCAGGGAGCACCAUUUUAAUGCGCGAGAGUCCUUUCGUGGGGCAAAGAGGCCCCGAAUGUCUUAUGGCAGUGGUGACAGAGGUGGAGGAGGAAACCCUUUUUUUGCUCCCAGACGCCCUUUUUUCCCUCCCCGGUAUUAAUUUUCGCAAAUCUUGACCAUAAGUUACAUGUGAUACACAAAAGACACACACACACACACAAGUACGCAUCCAGGCUAAAUAUAGUGUGUUCAUGAAAAAGACUCCCUACAAUUACCUCUUGGCUCCGUGAUGGUGCUGCAAAAUUAGAUUACUAAACAAGUGUGUGCUUCAGUUGACAAUGUUUCAUGUUCCACAUGCUGAUUGUUAAAGACUAACUAGCUACUUCCCUGUGGGAUUGUGCAUACUUACUUACUUAGAGUUUGCAGCAAUGUCAACGCAAAGAAGAAUAUAAAAGAAUCUGGAGGAAAAAGGUGAUCAUAAUUUUUUCUUUUUUUUUCUACACUUUUAUUUUAAAAUCUGUCAAUAAAAAUAAACUUGACAUAUUGCCAUUGAAUCAAAUGAUUAUCUAAGUCUGGUUAUGUAAACUAUUUGUCAAAUAAAACUCCAUAGUUUAUCACUUGAUUGGGGGAUUUUACUUAAAUAGAAUGUUUGACCUGAAAUGCAUUUCAGCUUUACUUUGUGUCAGUGUGUAAGAGCCUUGACAGUUGGCUUAUAUACUACUGGCUUUUUAGCCAGUGUAUGAAGUUGACAACAUUUGCCUCUGAUAAUGUAAUAGUUAUAUUCCGAACUAAGCACGCUGCAUGAAGAAUCUGUUGUUGGAAGGUAAAAUUUUUAAAUAGCAUUAUUGGCAGCACAUCAGCAUUUUUCAUAACUAAGAACCCCAUACCUAUGACAGGUCAUUAACUUUGCAUGAUGCUAUGUGGCAAACCCUUGCAUCUGCUACUUUGUUUUGUGUCGGUUUGCUUAAAAUAAUUAAUUUACUAAUACUCAAUAUUAGCUUUUAAAUAUAAAGACCUUAUCUUUUGAAAACAUAUUUUUAAUUUGGGUAUUUCUUAUAAAAUAGUUAUAUAGAAUUAUCAACUGCUGGAAAAAUGCAUUUAUUUUUGAAAAAUCUUUAGAUUUAGGUUAAGAUUAUUUCCAUGUAAACACAAAAAGUAAUUUGAUGGUUAUUUUAUCCCGAAAACUUUAAAAUAGUUCCAUGGGAAGUAGUUAUUCUUGGCAGGUUGAAUAAUUCUGAAUGCAAACCCUGAAUGCCAGGGUCUGAAUAAAUCCUUCAUUUAUCCCAAUAUUGCUUAGUAUUUGUGCUGCUUAUACUUAAUAUGAUCAACUUCCAAAUACCUUUAAAUAGAGAGUAAAGGUGAAUGAAAGUGUCCCUCUUAAGAUGCAGCUAGGGGUGAUGUUUCGUGCUACACAGACACAUUUCUGAUGCAUUCAUUAAUUAGGUCAUAGCUGUUGGUGUUUGUUUCCUUGGCACUUAGUAUAAUUCAUGCAAAUCAGACAUUCAGUAAUACUGUUUUCAGUUAAGUGAAGUCAUCACUUUGUUUCCGUAUUUGUUGUUCUAUUAUUCCUUUUCAUUUACCCAGACAUAACAUGGCUUGUACCUGUAGUGUAAAUCUCACCUGAUUUUACCUUACGCAUUUUGCUCUCCAUAGAGCAUAUACUGUAAACCGUAUGCUUCUGGCCCAGAUAACAUGAGAAAAUGUAUGGCUGCAUUGCCACAGAUUUCACAUUUUCAAAAUCACCAGCUUUGGAGGAG